AUGAGGUUCGUGCUUUUUUUGCAAUUUAUGAACAACAUUUUUCUCUUUGAAAUUAUGCGAUUUCUUCUUUUUCUGCAACUUUUAAAAAUGCAAAAAUCGAAUUGCUACAGUACCAAACUUAUCAGAUACAAUAUUAUCGUGUUUAUCAUUUUGUUUUUUGCCUAUAAUUGUUUGACAUACAAAAAAGAAGAUUUAUUGGCAAACCCAUAUCCGCCAGCUGUUAUCAAUUUCAACACAUCUUCUAGAUAUUUAUCUAGCAAUUUGGCUUCAGUUUGUCAGCUAGGAAACAACAUUUUUGAACUUGCAAGUCUCUAUGGCUUAUCAAAAUAUUUAAAUAGAACUCCGGUAUUUUUCAUAGAAAAUGGGUACCAUGAGAGGAUGCUGAACAAGAUGAGAAGUAUAAUGCCGGGGUUGAUGGAAAAGUUUGUGAUUAUUAAUGGAAGUGUACCACUAUCAAUCAACUAUACCAAAUUUCAAAGAGUAUGCUGUGUUCAUGAAGAUCCUUGGAAUCUGAAACGUAGUAGCGACAAGUAUUUGCAUCUCUCUGGAAUAUUUUAUCAGAGCUGGAAAUAUUUUCCCAAAGUGAAAAACGAAUUAGCCAGUUUUCUAAACAAUUCUUCUCAAAACUUUGGAAAUUUGCCAAUUUCUACUAACAAAACACACAUAACUUGUAUACAUACUCGGAGAGGCGAUUUCCUUGGAUAUGGCUAUCAUGCCACUGAUUCAAAAUUUCUGAAAAAUUCAGUAAAAUUUCUCAAAGAAAAUGACAAAAAUAGUAAGAAAAAUCGAAAAAUAGUGUUAUUUGGCGACGAUUUGAAAUUUCUAAAAAAUAAGUUCAAUACUGCGAUAGUUUCGACAGAUGGUCCUGAAGAUGGAGAAUAUUUUAUUUCUCAAAAUUCAGCACUGGAUGAUCUACUCUACUCAAAGUACAAUUGUGAUACGGUUUUGAUAACAGCUCCCCACUCUACAUUUGGAUGGUGGAUUGGGUAUUUUUCAAAAGGAGACACUGUUUACUAUAUGGACAUAAAAUAUUCUCGAGAUCAUAUUUAUGAUGCUGGAAAACUCGUUGAAAAUGACUUCUACCCAACCCACUGGACGCCGCUGAAGUUUGCGAGCUCUGAUAAUUUUACAGUUGUAGAAAGUUUAAGAUCGAAUUAA